GACUCUGAUCAGUUAUGCCGAAUGAUCCGUGCUUGUGAAAUACCCAAAAAAUGUUUACCGGCAACAAAUAUUGGAAGUAGGUGCACAAGAAAUUCCGACUGCUGGGAUACGGAUCCAAUGUUUCCAUGUGAUGGUACUCGUUGUCGGUGUCAGGACAGGGUAUGCACAUGUGGAGAGUGUUUCACUGAAGUAGAUCAACGUUACGAACUAAAUCAAUCACAAGCAGGACGUACAGGAACUUCAUUUCAUACAGGUUAUGAGUUCUUAUUAAACACUGACUAUGGCUCCCAAUAUUUGUAUGUUUUGAGUUCGUAUGCAAACGUUAACAUUACCGUGCCAUCUUUAUCGAUACUUGAUGAACCACAUGAGGUUAUAAAUUCAAAAGUAAUCGAAUUUCCUCCCACCUUUCAAGUGCAAUCGGAUGGAGUCCCUUCAAAUAAGACCGUUUACAUAAAAUUAGAUAGCCCAGUAACUGUUUACUGGCUAAAUUAUAAGAACGUUUCUGCGGAUGGGGGACGCAUCUUACCGGACGAAGAGUUAGGAAAAGAAUACAUAUUACCAAGCGGCCGACCAGGAAACACCAGACCAGACAGAUUUGAGCAGUUUCUUAUAGAAUCCUUACAAGAUGGUACAUCUGUACAAAUUGAAUAUUCUAACGGUUCUCAAGAAACUAUUUCAUUAGAAGCAGUGAAAGCUUUCAGAAAAAAGGUACCGAAUUUUCAGGCACCAUUGUCACGUCAAACGAACUGAUUGCUGUAAAGUCAGGCCAUGAAUGUUUUGUAGCUGAUGGUGGCCGUUGCGACCUCAUGUCAGAACGAAUUCCUCCGGUAUCUUCUUUCGGCUGCAUUCACGUUAUAGGAUACAUGAAGCCGUUCCUAACUUCAUACGUGAGAAUUUCUAACCAUU